CGGGCGAGCGGGCGGCGCGCCCCGGGCUCUGCCUCCGGGGCACUUGCCUGGCCGUGGCGCGCUGCUGGCACCCGCUCUGCCGCUGACACACGGUAGCGGGGACACCCGACGCCGCUAGCGACAGGCGCGUCCCAGAGGACGCACUUGGGGACUCCGGAGCGACUGGCCCGAAGAGGAGAGGUGAGAAGGCGACUGUGUGGCUCGGUUCCUGAGGAAACAUUGAAACUGGAUUUUUAAAUCAUUAGUAAGUCAGUAAUGGAUCAGAAUUUGCAGAAUGCAAUCCCAAGUAAAAAUCUCCAAAAGAAUUACUUCAAAUAAUAGAGGAAAGAAAGUUGAACUGCCACCUUAAAACCCUGGUCUAGAAAAACAUACUGCAGAUGACAGGAAGUGAUAACUGGGGAAAUUUAUUUGGCUUUUAAUGCACCUGAAUCAAAGAAAUUGUCACACUGUUUCUCAGAGGACUUGUAUAUCUAAGAUUAUUUUAAUAAUAAGUUGUUUUAUAAACAUCUUGACAUGAUCACCAGAGAGGAGAAAGAGCAAUAGCUAAAACCUGUGUGUGCGUCAAGAUGACGUCUGAAGAAAUGGCAGCUUCUGUUCUCACACCUGUGACUCAGAGAAAAGUGACGUCCACUCCAUCGGCUGUAGAUGAAAGUAGUGAAAAGGUCUCGGAUGUCAGUGUUCCAAGGGCACAUAGUGUCAGGCAGAGCGGGCAGACUUCUACCAUCCCAUGGAUGAACAAGCUUAAAGAAGAACCUUCUGGAAGCAACUUGCCCAAGAUUCUCUCCAUAGCAAGGGAGAAAAUAGUGAGCGAUGAGAACAGCAAUGAAAAGUGCUGGGCAGAAAGCACACCAGUUUCUGUGAAAAACCUUAACAUUAACCACAACAACAUACUGACAAACCGCCAGUGCAUCCUUCCUCAGAGCCAGUGUUAUGACAUGUGCAAUUCUGUCAUGGAGGAAGACCCAUGUUUGGAAACUGGAAUCCCAUCCUCACUGGAAAGAAAGGCAUUUCCUGGAAUUCAACUGGAAAUCGAUGGACCUCCCAUGGACAUUAGUCCCUUAGGAAGUCAGUCAGCCGCUGUAGAGACUGGCCAGGCAGACCCUGACAGUAACACGGCAGCAUUUCACUUUCAUUAUGAAGUUGAGAGAAGAGUGUCAGAUGCUUUCUGUACCCUGUCAGGCAACUUGAUUUUGGAUGAUUGUGGAAACUGUGUACCACUGCCUGGUGUUGGUGGGGAGCAAAAGAAAAAUUAUGUGGCAUAUACUUGUAAACUCAUGGAAUUGGCUGAAAACUGUGAUAAUAAGAAUGGGCAGCUGCAGUGUGAUCAUUGUGACACCUUGGAUGACAAAUACUUGUGCUUUGAAGGCUCUUGCCAAAGGGCCAGUGUGGUAUGUUCAAGUGACAGCUUUUGCAGGGAGGACUUGACUAACAGUCCACCUGCCAAGACCUUUCUGAGCCAUUUUGAGGACUUCCCUGAUAAUUGUGAAGAUGUAGAAGAAGAUUUUUUUAAGAGCAAAAAGGAGAGGUCCACUUUGUUAGUGAGGAGAUUUUGUAAAAAUGACAGGGAAGUAAAGAAAUCUGUGUAUACCGGGACAAGGGCAAUCAUGAGAACUCUGCCUUCUGGUCACAUUGGGCUGGAAGCUUACAGUUACAUCGAUCAGAAGAGAAGUGGUCUCUUAUUGCCCAGUGGGAGAAUUCUGGAAAGGCUGUCAGUGGUGGCGAUUAGGCAGGACGGGAGCCGGUGCCUAUCAGAAGCCCAGUGGUAUCGGGAGAGAGGGGGAAAUAGUCCAGCUAAACAGUUGAGGAAUGAUUACCAGGAACAUCCUAGAGUAAUUGCUAUCUACAAUGCAGUGAGAAGGGGAGAAGAAAUAGAAAAUACAAUUGGAUCUCUUCUCCAUGUCUUCACAAAGCUCCCAGCCUCCGAGACAGCCCAUGAAAGGAUAAGCGUUAGUCCAUGCUUAAAGCAGUGUGUCCGAGACACCCUAUGUGAGUACCGUGCCACCCUGCAGAGGACGUCCAUAUCUCAAUACAUCACGGGUUCUCUCCUAGAAGCAACCACAUCUUUGGGGGCUAGAAGUGGCCUACUCAGUACUUUUGGAGGAUCCACUGGACGAAUGAUGCUAAAAGAACGCCAGCCAGGCACUUCCAUGGCCAAUUCCAGUGCCCUCCCUUCAAGUUCAGCUGGGAUCAGCAAGGAGCUGAUUGACCUGCAGCCCCUCAUUCAGUUCCCAGAGGAAGUUGCCAGCAUCCUGAUGGAGCAGGAACAGAACAUUUACCGAAGGGUCUUGCCAGUUGACUAUCUUUGCUUCUUGACCCGGGACUUGGGCACUCCAGAACGCCAAACAUCCCUGCCCUGCCUCAAAGCAUCCAUCUCAGCUUCGAUUCUUACCUCCCAGAACGGAGAGCACAAUGCCCUGGAAGAUCUGGUGAUGAGAUUUAAUGAGGUGAGCUCCUGGGUGACGUGGCUGAUCCUCACGGCGGGCUCCAUGGAGGAGAAGCGAGAAGUCUUCUCCUAUUUGGUGCACGUGGCCAAAUGCUGCUGGAACAUGGGCAACUACAAUGCUGUCAUGGAGUUCUUGGCUGGCCUCAGGUCAAGAAAAGUUUUAAAAAUGUGGCAGUUUAUGGACCAGUCUGACCUGGAGACCAUGAGGAGCCUGAAGGACGCCAUGGCUCAGCACGAAUCUUCCUGCGAGUACAGGAAGGUGGUCACGCGGGCCCUGCACAUACCCGGCUGUAAGGUGGUUCCCUUCUGUGGGGUGUUUCUGAAGGAGCUCUGUGAAGUACUGGAUGGAGCCUCUGGCCUCAUGAAGCUUUGCCCGAGGUACAAUUCCCAAGAAGAAACUCUAGAGUUCGUAGCCGAUUACAGUGGACAAGAUAAUUUCCUACAACGAGUGGGACAUAAUGGCCUAAAGAAUUCAGAGAAGGAGUCCACCGUCAACGGCAUCUUUCAGAUCAUCAGGAGCUGCAGCCGAAGUCUGGAGGCCGAGGACGACGACAGUCCCAGUGAAGGCAACAGCUCUAGGAAAAAUUCCUUAAGGGAUAAAGCACGGUGGCAGUUUAUAAUUGGAGAUUUGUUGGAUUCCGAAAACGACAUCUUUGAGCAGUCAAAAGAAUGGGACUCUCAUGGAUCAGAAGAGCCACAGAAGGCCUUUGACCACGGGACAGAGCUGAUCCCAUGGUACGUGCUGUCCAUCCGAGCUGAUGUGCACCAGUUCCUGCUGCAGGGGGCCACUGUCAUCCACUACGACCAGGACACGCACCUGUCAGCCCGCUGCUUCCUCCAGCUUCAGCCUGACAACAGCACCUUGACCUGGAUAAAGCCUACCACUGCCUCCCCAGCCAGUGCUAAAGCAAAACUUGGUGUGCUUAGUAACACCUCUGAGCCUGGCAAAUUCCCGUUACUGGGCAAUGCUGGAUUAAGUGGCCUGGCAGAGGGGGUCCUGGAUCUGUUUUCAGCAAAGGCUGUGUACAUGGGACACCCUAGCAUUGAUAUACACACUGUGUGUGUUCAGAACAAACUGGGUAGCAUGUUUCUCUCAGAGACUGGCGUGACACUGCUCUAUGGGCUCCAGACCACGGACAAUAGAUUAUUGCACUUUGUGGCACCCAAGCACACAGCUAAGAUGCUCUUCAGUGGAUUGCUAGAACUCACAAGGGCCGUGAGGAAGAUGAGGAAGUUCCCUGACCAGAGACAGCAGUGGCUGCGGAAACAGUAUGUCAGCCUCUACCAGGAGGACGGACGGUAUGAAGGCCCAACUUUGGCUCAUGCUGUGGAGCUGUUUGGUGGCCGGCGAUGGAGUACGCGCAAUCCCAGCCUUGGGAUAUCCGCAAAGAGUGCUGAGAAGCCCAGUGUGCAGAGAAACAACACCUUGGGCAUAAGCACCACCAAGAAAAAGAAGAAAACCCUUAUAAGGGGUGAGAGUGGAGAGGCGGCUGACGACGAGAUGGCCACGCGGAAGACCAAAAUGCACAGGGAGAGUCGCAGCCGGAGUGGUUCCGACCCUCAAGACAUGAAUGAGCAAGAAGAAUCCGAGGCAAAUGCCUUCAUGAGCCCUCCUAACACUCUGCCUUCCAGAAGAGCCCACUCUUUGACCACAGCUGGGUCUCCUAACUUGUCUGCCGGGACAUCAUCUCCCAUCAGGCCAGUGUCCUCCCCUGUGCUGUCUUCUUCAAACAAGAGCCCGUCCAGUGCUUGGAGCAGCAGUAGCGGGCACGGGAGGAUCAAAGGAGGAAUGAAGGGUUUUCAGAGCUUCAUGGUUUCAGACAGUAACAUGAGUUUUGUUGAAUUCGUUGAGCUGUUCAAAUCAUUCAGCGUGAGGAGCCGCAAGGACCUGAAGGAUCUCUUUGACAUCUACGCCGUGCCCUGCAACCGAGCCGGCUCCGAGUCGGCCCCCCUCUAUACCAACCUAACAAUCGACGAAAACACCAGCGACCUUCAGCCUGAUCUAGAUUUACUGACCAGAAAUGUCUCGGACUUGGGGUUGUUCAUUAAGAGUAAACAGCAGCUGUCCGACAACCAGAGGCAGAUAUCUGAUGCUAUUGCUGCUGCAAGUAUCGUGACAAAUGGCACUGGGGUCGAGAGCACAUCUCUGGGCAUCUUUGGGGUUGGCAUACUCCAGCUCAAUGACUUCCUUGUCAACUGCCAGGGAGAACACUGCACUUAUGAUGAAAUCCUCAGCAUCAUCCAGAAGUUCGAGCCUAGCGUUAGUAUGUGUCAUCAGGGACUACUGUCAUUUGAGGGCUUUGCAAGGUUUCUGAUGGAUAAAGAUAAUUUUGCCUCCAGAAAUGAUGAGUCACAGGAAAACAUUAAAGACUUGCAGCUGCCCCUCUCCUACUAUUACAUUGAAUCUUCACACAAUACCUACCUCACAGGCCACCAACUCAAAGGAGAGUCCUCAGUGGAACUCUACAGUCAGGUCCUCCUGCAAGGCUGCAGGAGCGUGGAGUUGGACUGCUGGGAUGGAGAUGAUGGGAUGCCCAUCAUCUACCACGGACACACACUGACAACCAAGAUCCCCUUCAAGGAGGUGGUAGAAGCCAUCGACCGCAGUGCCUUCAUCAACUCUGACCUGCCCAUCAUCAUAUCAAUUGAGAACCACUGCUCAUUGCCUCAGCAACGAAAAAUGGCAGAAAUUUUCAAGACUGUGUUUGGAGAAAAACUGGUGGCUAAAUUCCUGUUUGAGAGCGAUUUCUCAGAUGAUCCAAUGCUUCCCUCACCUGACCAACUUAGGAGGAAAGUGCUUCUUAAAAAUAAGAAGCUAAAAGCCCACCAGACACCAGUGGACAUCCUAAAGCAAAAGGCUCAUCAGUUAGCAUCCAUGCAAGCUCAGGCUUAUAAUGGGGGGAAUGCCAACCCCCCACCUGCUAGUAACGAGGAAGAGGAGGAUGAAGAGGAUGAAUACGAUUAUGACUAUGAAUCCCUGUCUGAUGACAACAUUCUAGAAGACAGACCUGAAAAUAAAUCAUGUAAUGACAAGCUUCAGUUCGAGUAUAAUGAAGAAAUCCCCAAGAGGAUAAAGAAAGCCGAUAACUCUGCUUGCAACAAAGGAAAGGUUUAUGACAUGGAACUGGGAGAAGAAUUUUAUCUUCCUCAGAAUAAAAAGGAAAGCAGACAGAUUGCACCAGAGCUUUCUGACCUUGUCAUCUAUUGCCAAGCGGUAAAAUUUCCAGGCCUGUCAACUCUAAAUGCAUCUGGCUCUAGCAGAGGAAAAGAAAGGAAAAGCAGGAAGUCCAUUUUUGGCAACAAUCCGGGCAGAAUGAGCCCUGGGGAGACAGCAUCGUUUAACAAAGCAUCUGGAAAAAGUUCCUGUGAAGGAAUGCGACAGGCCUGGGAGGAAUCUUCUUCCCCCCUCAACCCAACCACAUCCCUCAGCGCUAUCAUUAGAACUCCCAAAUGUUACCAUAUCUCAUCGCUGAAUGAAAAUGCCGCCAAACGUCUGUGUCGCAGGUAUUCUCAGAAACUGAUCCAGCACACCGCCUGUCAGCUGCUGAGGACUUACCCGGCUGCCACCCGCAUCGACUCCUCCAACCCCAAUCCCCUCAUGUUCUGGCUCCAUGGGAUACAGCUCGUGGCGCUCAACUACCAGACAGAUGAUCUGCCCUUACAUUUAAAUGCUGCCAUGUUUGAGGCCAACGGUGGCUGUGGUUAUGUUCUAAAACCCCCAGUUCUGUGGGACAAGAACUGUCCCAUGUAUCAGAAGUUUUCGCCCUUGGAAAGAGACCUGGACAACAUGGAGCCUGCCAUCUAUUCCUUAACUAUCGUCUCUGGUCAAAAUGUGUGUCCGAGCAGCGGCACGGGGAGCCCCUGUAUCGAAGUCGACGUGCUGGGCAUGCCCCUAGACAGCUGCCACUUCCGCACAAAGCCCAUCCACCGGAACACUCUGAACCCCAUGUGGAAUGAACAGUUUCUCUUCCGGGUUCACUUUGAAGACCUCAUAUUUCUUCGUUUUGCUGUUGUGGAAAACAACAGCUCAGCCGUAACCGCUCAGAGAAUCAUCCCACUCAAGGCUUUAAAACGAGGAUAUCGGCAUCUUCAGCUACGAAACCUCCACAAUGAAGUCUUGGAAAUCUCUAGUUUAUUCAUAAACAGCAGAAGGAUGGAAGAAAAUUCCUCCAGCAGUGCCGUGCCAGCCUCUUUGAUGUUUAAUACAGAAGAAAGAAAAUGUUUGCAGACUCACAGAGUCACAGUGCAUGGGGUCCCGGGUCCAGAGCCCUUUACUGUUUUCUCCAUAAAUGGAGGCACCAAGGCAAAGCAGCUUCUCCAACAAAUUCUGACUACUGAACAAGACACCAAACCUAUUGUCACAGACUAUUUUUUGAUGGAAGAAAAAUAUUUUAUAUCUAAAGAAAAAAAUGAAUGCAGGAAACAACCAUUCCAAAGAGCCAUCGGUCCAGAAGAAGAGAUCAUGCAGAUUUUAAGCAGCUGGUUUCCAGAGGAAGGAUAUGUUGGCAGGAUUGUCUUAAAAAUCCAGCAGGAAAACCUAGAAGAGAGAAGCAUUGUUCAAGAUGACAAGGAGGUAAUCUUGAACUCCGAGGAGGAGAGUUUCUUUGUCCAAGUGCAUGACGUUUCUCCAGAGCAACCUCGAACAGUCAUCAAAGCACCCCGUGUCAGCACUGCGCAGGAUGUCAUUCAGCAGACCUUAUGCAAAGCCAAAUAUUCCUAUAGCAUCCUGAGCAACCCCAACCCGAGUGACUACGUGCUUUUGGAAGAGGUGGUGAAAGACGCUACCAAGAAGUCUUCCACCCCGAAGUCCUCCCAGCGGGUUCUUUUGGAUCAGGAGUGUGUGUUUCAAGCCCAAAGCAAGUGGAAAGGUGCAGGAAAAUUCAUCCUUAAGCUAAAGGAGCAGGUGCAGGCAUCCCGAGAAGACAAAAGAAAAGGCAUUUCUUUUGCAAGUGAAUUCAAGAAGUUCACCAAGUCAACUAAACAGCCCCGAGGACUCACAUCACCUUCUCAGGUCUUGGCCUCAGAAAAUGUCCAAACCAAGGAGGAGAAACUGGUGGGCAGCUUGCCCUCCAGUGACACCACAGAGUACCGACAAUAACCAAGGUGAAGAUCUUUCGGUAAGAAGUUAAAGUCAAGAGUGAACAUGGUGGAAACAAAAUUUCCUUACCUUCAUCAGACUUAAAACUGGAAAUUGAUGAUUUCUGAACGGAAGCCUUCUUCACACAUGAUGUGAGGUCCACGCUGUCAAACAAAAUGGCACCGGGCUACCUACCACCCAAUUUCCCGACGAAUGCACCAAAGAAGCCCAGGAGAUGGCCAUUUUAUUUUAUAAAUGUCAGCAGUCGGAACAUUGCUAAGCUUGCAAUAACAGACUUAGAACAAGCAAGGGUCAGCAAACUCUGUCCAUAAAGGGCCAGACAGUAAGGAUCAUAGGCUUUCUGGGCCCUACAGUCUCCGCUGCAGCCACUCAUCUCGGCUGUUAACAGUGCAAAAGCAGCCACAGACCAUACAGAAGUGAGUGAGCGUGGCUGUGUUCCAAUAAAAAAUUGCAGACGCUGAUAUUGCAAUUUCAUAAAACUUUCACAUCACUAAUAAUCCUCUUUUGGUUUUUUUUUCCAAUCACUCAAAAAUGUAAAAACUAUUCUCAGUUCAAGAGCCAUACAAAACCUGGUGGCAGGCUGGAUUUGGCCCAGGACCAGAGUUUGCUGACCCGACUUAGAAAACUGGGAACAAGAGCCACAGAGGUCUGAAAACAAGCAAGCUAGUUUAGUCAUAUACUUCAUGGCUGACGAUCGGAAGCUUUGGGGCAUUGCAAAUGUAAAUAUAUCCUAUAAGAUUCAUUAAAAAGUAAUUCAAUGUAGUUUCUAUAUUAUGCACCAUAGUAGACUCUUCUUUAGCAUUUCUUUCUACGUAGAGAAUGAUGUUGGGUUUGUUUUUUUUAAGUUUAUUGCUUAUGUAUUCACAGAUUAUUCUACUUUUGGUUUUCACAAACUGAAUUCAGAAUGAUGUAUAAAUUAAUAUCUUCUGAGUUGUGACAUCUUAACAAGAAACUUAACCAUUUCUUAAAGCAAAAGUAGGCUGAGUUGGUGUUCAGAUUUAUUUAUUUUGCACUGUACUGUACUUAUAUAUUUAUUAUACAUAGCUUUUGUGAUACUGCUUAUGGAUUAGAAGCACUAGUGGUUCUGUCUCACUAUUUGAAGACAAAUCUCCUAAAAAAAAAAAAAAGUAUGCUCUGAAUACCUGACAUGGGCCAGAAUUUCAUGCAAAAAAAAGCUUCAUUUUCAUUUCUCAUUAACUGAAGAGCUAUUGAUCCAAGUCAUAAUUGCCAUUUAAGGUAUAUUAUCUUUAAAACUUACUGUGUAAACUAUCAAGUAAGUGUAAAGGAUUUUUAUUCUUGGUAUGAAGCAAAUUAUGACUUUUAAAAUGGAAUGUGUUCCUCUAAAGUAAAUCCAAAUUUUAUCUUUCUACCAAUAUUAAAAUUUUUUCUUCAAAUCAUAAAGCACACAAAAAAUCCUAACUUUUUCUUUGAUAAGUCUUUUUACCAAUUAUAAAAACAAGUCCCCAGUUCUCUGCAUAUUCUAAAGUCAGAAGUGUUAAAAAUACACCAGACAGCUUUCACAUUACCGUUUACUGACUCAAAGCCUUAAUGCUCGAACAGCCACCAUUUGCUUGUCCACAGAAGUCAAGCUAUUCCAGUUGGAUGUGAUUUGCCCAGUGCUACAGGUUUCUUUUCAAAUCAUCAGUCUAUAAGAAAUGCACAAUACUGCCCCAUUUAAAAAAAAAUAUUAUUCCAGAAACACUUUAUCAUGCGUCUAUAAAUUUGACAUCUUUUCUCGUUUGGCUAAUCAUGUAUUGAAAACUGAGGUACUGGCCGAACUGGCUAGAGUCAAAAUGAAAACCGUGCAGCGUAAGAGGAUGAGAAGCAAGACUGGUCUCUCUAGGUUUAGCACUUGGCCUUGACUCUAAGCUCCAGCCCCACCCCACCCCCACCCAGUCUGUAACACCGUUGACUCGGCUGCAGAACGGAAUCUGAAACUCCCUGAGACUAAAGUGAGACUAGGUUUUACAAGUGAAUGUAUUGCCUGUGUUGAACCCAACUUAGUUGUUCAUUCCAUUUUGAGGUGAAAGCACAUCCUCCGUUGUAUCAGUCUUUGGGACCUUCUGAAGGACACUGCUCAAAAUGUAAAGCGCCCACUCUAUUACAACUAACUGGCACAACCUGGUGUUUGCCAAAUAUAUGAAAUUUUUAUUUGUAGCUUUUCUGAACUACAUAGCUAUGUUAGUACACCAAAUGAAAGAAAUUAUCCUAUUACUUAGAAUAAAUCGAAAACGGCCACCCAGACUCUACCCAUUACCACUUCAUACUUUCAAGACUACUAAAAGAUCUGGGUAGCAAACUUUUUAUCAGUAAAGUUGAUAUGGAAGAGUCUAAAUAUGCAAACUAGGUUUAUGACAAGAUUUUGAGGAAAAAUAUUUCAAGACGCUUCACUAAAAACAAAGGAGCAUGAGUUCUGUUACUGUGGGGUGAUGACAACUUUACAGAAUAUGUAUAGCUGGUGAGAAAGGAAUAGAUAAGAAUCCAACCGGUCUGUGAUGCCGAAGAAAUAGACUGACUUCCUCCUGGUCACCUGUUCAUCUGGAAUUGGUUGUUUUGCAAAAUAAUGGAAGGUCGCGUGAGGUCAUCAAGGAAUUGAGGGUAAGUUUGCGGGCAAAUCUGUAGGCAGUAACAAUACUAUUUGGACAGAAAGCGCCCUCUUGAGGGAAAUGCCUCUUUUCACGUCAUCCUAUCCUUAGCAAGUAAUAGUUACUUACGAAUUCUCCAGUUGGGGGUAAAUAGGAGUUACAACUCAACAGAAGUGAGUUACAGGUGCCUUGUUUUUAAUUUGUUUUCAUACAAGGGCUCCCAUCUUAGGGGCUCGGGAAACACUAGAGGCUCACUAAUGAAGAGGGCCCCCUCCUGCCACACACGUACUCCUUUCUCAAACUACAUCUUCCCCUUCCUCUCUUCUCUUUCCCUAUCCAGUAGCUCUGUAGACCUGUCGUCCUCUGCCUGGACACCCACAGGCCUUGCUCAAUUCUGACAAAUAACAGAGCUUGCAUUCUGCCUGGUAAAACUGAAUUAACUGCCACCACACCAAGAGAAAACUAGGAUUCUUCUGGUUGGUGUCUGAUCUCCAACUUGGCAGAGUGAGAGGCAGCCUACAGCCUACAGCUCUCUCGAUGGCUGCCUCUGACCACUUGCAGUUGCUUCUCUCACGUGUGCAGCAAAGUGAAAAAGGUGAAUACCUAGACCCUCCAGAAAGUUAUUAGGAAAGGAAGACUGCCUCCUACACUAAGUCCAUUCUUGGGUCAGUAUUCCCAGGAUACAGUGUGCUGUUAAAAAUGUAUACAUUCUUGGCCAUCUCUAAGUGUCAACUUCCUAAGGAAUCUUCGGCUGAUGGCAUCCCAUGGUCAUUCCACAUGGGAUGACCUAAAUGUUCCUGAAGUACUGAAUCUCCACAAUUACCAAGUUAUUCAUGUACAUCUCUUAGAUCCCAAAUAGAUUAUGCUCAAGCUGGUCCAUGAGACCUUUCCUAGGCCUCUGAACUUUGACCUAAUUCACUCUGACACUGAAUUGGGUAAUGUUGCAUUUGUUUAAAUGUUGUGUGAAUGAUCGUAGUAUGCAAGCCCAUGGAAGACUGAAACUGUGUCUUACACCCGUUAUUACCCCCACUUCACUUUUAAGUGCCUAGCACAAUGCUAAGCACACAGUAGGUGCUCGAUAUUCGUCUAGUUAAAAAAAAUAUUAAGGCUGUAGCUUGUUAUAGCCUCGGAGUGUGUGUAUGUUACUGUUAAUGACUAGGAUAUUUAGUUCUGAAAAUGAAACUCAUCAAUACAGGCCAUAUAAGUUUAUGCACAAAUAGAUUUCAUUCUCAAAUUCACAGAGCAUUCAAACGCUAGAUGUAGAAUUUUAUGGUCCCACUGUGAUUCUCUAUAUGUGUAACUAGAAGGUUAAAAGCAUAAUAACAAGUGUGAAAUAGUUGAUGAAUUUCUACUUUAAAUUGAUUUUUCACCUAAACUACAGUUUCUGCUGCCAAAGUUAAAUAUAAAUGUAUUUGUGUAUGUUUGGAAAAUAAAUGAUUUGUGACAUGUAAUGGUCACUUGUGCUCUGAUGAGGAAAGACCCUGUUGUCAUCCAAAACACUAUUCAUAACAUUUCUGGACUUUGUUUUAUAUCUAAAAUGUGGAUUAAAAGCAAAUAUUUAUAUGUUAAAUCAUACAUUCUCCUUAAAUAAGCCUAAAAAAAAAAAACCACUUUUUAAAAUCACAUAUAAGAAUAUGCUAAAAGAUUAACAUGCACUGUUGAGCUGAUCUCCCCCAUUAAGCAGGAGUAAUAAAGGAACUUUCUAUUUUCACUUAUGUCAUGA